AUGUCUGAAGACAAGGAGAAUGGUCGCGAUCACGUUUCCGGAGAUUACUUUCUCGGUGUCGUCGAAGAGACUCAACCUAGCGGUUCCAUUACUCCCGAGAGUCGCGGGAGUCCGCCUAAAAAUCCUGGUUUGAGUAAAAUAACAACACCAUACUAUUCUUAUCAUGUUGAAAAGGCCAUUAAAAGUGGGGACUCCGCAUAUUGGGCAAGAAAAAAACAUCCAGAACAAUUACCUCGUGGAGAAUUGACUUCUUUGCUUAGCGAUGGGGCAAAUGACACGGAUGAAUCAGUCGACAUAGUGGAGGAGGUGGAACAAGUUAAACAGGAAUUGAAUAUGAUCCAUACCAAGUUUCAAAAAUGCCUUGAUCUGCGUGACAAAUACAUGGCACUCUCAUUACAAAGAUUAGGUGAUAAUCCCAAAGACCGGGACGAUUGGACGAUCUAUCCACCUCCACCUUAUAGAGCUUACGCACAGUCUCGGGCGUCCAAUGAACCUCCUUCUCUUGAUACAAAGGAAAAAAAGAAGACAGCCGUAGGUGAAGACUUUAUAUUUGAUGAAUGCGAGAUACCGGAGGAACACGAAUAUCUCUUCGCCAUCGAUGCUCAUGGUGUUUAUCAAGUGUACAAGACUCAAGAUGACCUUGACAAUGGUAAGCCGGCUUACAGAGUUCCAGACACCAAAGAAUAUUUCAUGGACCUUGAUUUUAUUCUUGAUACAAUUUCUUAUGGUCCGGUAAAAAGUUACGCAUACAGACGUCUUUUAUAUUUGGAAAGUAAGUGGAACAUGUACACGUUGUUAAAGGAAUUCCAGGAAAUUGCCGAUUCAAAGAGAGUUCCCCAUCGAGAUUUUUAUAACGUCAGGAAGGUUGACACACACGUGCAUUUGUCUUCCUGUAUGAAUUCCAAACAUCUUCUCAGGUUUAUAAAGUUAAAAUUGAAGAAAUUUGGCAACGAUCAAGUUAUCAUUAGGGACAAUAAGGUUCUCACGCUGGUCGAAGUAUUUGAAAGUUUGGGUCUGACCGCAUACGAUCUCAGCAUUGAUACGUUGGACAUGCAUGCACACACCGAUACAUUCCAUCGAUUCGAUAAAUUUAAUUUAAAAUAUAAUCCAAUCGGGGAAUCUCGGUUAAGAGAAAUUUUUCUGAAGACCGACAACUACAUUGGAGGUAGAUAUAUGGCGGAAAUUACAAAAGAGGUCAUAUCAGAUAUUGAGGCGAGUAAAUAUCAGAUGGCCGAAUAUCGAGUUUCAAUAUAUGGACGCUCAAGGGGGGAGUGGGAUAAACUUGCCAAAUGGGUAGUAGAUCACAAAAUAUUCUCCUUAAAUGUUCGCUGGUUGAUUCAAGUACCAAGACUUUAUAGCGUUUAUAAAGAAACAAAAACCGUGGAAAGUUUUGAAGAUAUCAUAAAAAAUAUUUUCGAACCACUAUUUGAGGUCACCAAGAAUCCGCGAAGCCAUCCGGAGUUACACGUGUUUCUUCAGCGCGUGGUUGGAUUUGAUAGUGUGGAUGAUGAAUCCAAAGCCGAAAGAAGAAUUCACAAGAAAUAUCCGUGUCCCAAAGAAUGGACUACAUCUCUGAAUCCACCAUAUUCUUAUUACCUUUACUAUAUGUUUGCUAAUAUGGCAAGCUUGAAUCAAUGGAGAAGUGCUAGAGGAUUUAAUACAUUUGUUCUUCGACCGCACGCCGGUGAAGCUGGUGACACCGAUCAUUUGACUUCUGCUUUUCUUACAUCCCACUCGAUUUCGCACGGCAUCCUAUUGCGUAAAGUUCCCGCAUUACAAUAUCUUUUCUAUCUCAAACAGAUUGGCAUAGCGAUGUCACCUCUGUCAAAUAACGCAUUAUUUUUAAAUUACGAAAGAAAUCCCCUCCUGAGUUUCUUUAAGAAAGGCUUAAACAUAAGCCUAAGUACAGACGACCCACUCCAAUUUCAUUUUACCAAAGAGCCUUUGAUCGAAGAAUAUAGCGUUGCAGCACAGAUUUGGAAGUUGUCUUCCUCUGACAUGUGCGAACUUGCACGUAACUCUGUCGUUCAAAGUGGUUUUGAAAUGACCAUUAAGAAACAUUGGUUGGGAGCCAAUUGGUUUUUACCCGGGGAACGUGGAAAUGACAUUCACAAAACCAACGUUCCAAACAUCAGAAUGCAAUUCCGUUGGGAAACACUGGAUGAAGAGAUCUCGAUGGUUGAAAAGUAUUCAGGGAAGUCAUUGAGACUUUCGUCUGAGCCAAAUGCCUUUCAGUUGGACGCCGCUUCACCCCUGGGUUCUCCGCAAGCUUCAGGAAGAAACAAACUGUUUUUCUCGGAAACUGAUGUGGGCGUUCUUCCCGGUGUCGCGAUGUUUUAUGAGAGGGUUCACAAGUUGGCUAAAAGAUAUAGAAAAGAUAAACAGAAUAUAGAAGAAAAUAUUGAUUCAUAA